AAACCCAACUCGAUGGGAGUGGGUGCAAGACCUACAGCAACAAUGGGAAGCUUUGGGUGUUUGGACCCAAGUGGAAGGUGCUUGCCGAGGGAGAACGCAAGCAAGGCUUGUAUGAGAUGCGGGUGAUGGAAAAGCCAAUACCGGAAGCUAAGGUUACAUACCUUGACGAACCCGAGGAAGGGAAGAAAGCAAGGGAGGAGCUUCUUUCAAAGAUGGAAGAAGCAUAUGGGCAUGACUCUUCUCGGAUCAAGGAACUCUUCAAGAAGAAGAUGGUCACGGGAGUGGAGCUAGUUGAAGGCAAUGACGUGGAGGUGUCGACGUGCACUUCAUGUGUGGAGGGGAAGAACAAGAAGGUCCCUCACCCAAAGCAUGGUGCUAAGGUGGAGCCAUAUGAGGCGAUGGAGAUUGUCGCGGCGGAUGUGUCUGGACCCAUGAAGGUUCCAUCUCGGCACGGGAGCAACGCCGAAGCCGAGUACAUGGCAUUGUUCUAUGCAUGCCAAGAGGGUCACAUGGAUGUGAAAUAUCACUGGGUGAGGGAGCAGUUAGAGAAGCAGCAAUUCAAGUUCGAGUUUGUGCGCACUGAGGAGCAGGCAGCUGAUUUCUUGACCAAGGUGCUGCCAAGGGCCAACUUUGAGUACUGCAAGGAGAAGGUCGGGAUACAUUGACGUGGGGCAAAAGUUGGGUUUCGGACGGGGCGUGUUCAACAAGCAUUCGGACUUCGGACCGACGGCGUGUUCAGCAAGAAAGUCGCGAUUGCGUGUGCGACUCGGCAUGACACGAGGCGCGCGAGUUACUCGCAGCGCACACGGCAGUUACGAAGCGCGAAAUUGCUUGUACUUCCACUAUAAAUCUGUUUGAACAUUUGUUCUUUGUAUCUCAUUGGAACUAGUGGAAUGCUUGUGUGUAUUGACAACUUGCAACCACUUUGAGAUCAGAUUAUGAGGCAAGGCCCUUGAGGCUAUUUGCACAAGUAUUUUCUAAAUACUUUUCGCUGCGCCGGAGGCGAUAGUCGCCUAGACUAAUUCCUUGUGAGAUUCUUGAACCUUGAUUGAAGUUUAAGAUUGAGUUAAGCUCUUCUCCUACAACAUACCCCCCUGUGCGUCGAAAGACAUAGCGUCGCCAAUACUCCAUCAAUCAACAUGAUUCGAAUUGGGAGCGGUAGCUGAGAUUAGUAGCUACAGCAUACCCGAGUUUCGCGACAUUCCAACGGCUAGUGUUUUGUCAACAACGUUUCUUGUGGAGACGACUUUUCUGUCCAGAAUUUCGGAUUUAUAUUUUGAGUAAUUCUAGCUCCUAAGCACACCUAGACUCCGUCCUUAAUCCUACACGAAGGGGAAAAAUUGCACUCAUAUCUCUCCGGGCUGAAGACCCAAGUCAAACGACAGGUAGCAGUGACGAACUACGUGAGCUACGAUGACGUCGAUUGGCAGCGGAACGAUUCGACAUGGUCA